CCGCAGAGCGGCGCGCAAUGGAGCUGUGAAGCCAUCCGUUUGCAAACCUUCCUCCACGCCCUCGCAGGCGCUGUAAACAAGCAUUUCUUAGAAGACUAGCUACUGAUAAACGGCGAAACUAUGUGGAUUCAAAUUCGGACAAUUGAUGGAAAGGAAACAAGAACCAUAGAAGAUCUAUCCAGACUAACAAAAAUAGAGUCUUUGAGACUGAAAAUUCAGGAGAUUUUCGAUGUUAACCCGGAGCACCAGCGCUUAUUCUACAGAGGGAAACAGAUGGAGGAUGGCCAGACGCUGUUUGACUACAAUGUGGGUCUUAAUGACAUUGUUCAGCUCCUAAUUCGCUCCCAGACUGAUGCCCCAGACAGUCCUACCCUUAAGGAAUGUGAAGAUAUGGCCAGCGCUCCUCUUCCAUCCACAGUCACACCUAUUGUAAUUCCAACUUCUCCUUCGGCUGUAGCCACAGUCAACAACAACAGCAACAACAGCAGUAGUAACAGUCAGAAGAAGUCUGAGUCAGAGAAGUUUUGCAGUCUUCCGGUGGACAACCAGCCAUCCACAUCCAGCAAAUCCUUCCUGAUCGACCCUGGGAUUGGGGUGUACAAGAUAAACGAGUUGGUGGACUGCAGAGACAUCAGCAUUGGUGCUUGGUUUGAGGCGACCAUUGAGAAUGUCACACAUGCCUCUACUCGACUGAAUAGCAAAGCCAGUGUGGCCUCAACAGCUAAAAGUGGCAAAGCCAGUACAAGGACUAAUGGCAAAUUGGAGGCAGCACAGGAUGCAGCCAGCUUGGACAAUAACUGCAACUCUAUCAUAAACUCGGACAUUAGUGAACCCUCCACCUCUCAGUCGGACUGCAGACUCAUCCAGGAUGAGCUCAUCUACCAAAUCAAAUAUGAGGACUACCCAGAGAACGGCAUAGUAGAGAUGUCACCAGAGGAUGUGCGUCCGCGGGCCCGGACCCUACUCCGUUUUGACCAGCUCAAUGUUGGACAGGUGGUCAUGGUGAACUACAACAUUGAAAUCCCGGAGGAACGGGGCUUUUGGUAUGAUGGAGAAAUAACAGCACUCAUUGAAAGAUCGAGGACAAAUAAAGAGGUCCGAGUGAAGAUUCUUCUCGGGGGCCCAGGUGAUAUUAUUGGAGACUGCAGAGUACUCUUCCUUGAUGAGAUCUAUGAGGUCGAGAGGAUGGGAGCUCCUGCUCUCUCUCCACUGGAUGGAAAGUUCAAACGUAAAAGCGGGCCUGAGUGUAAGCACUGUAAGGCGGAUCCGGAUGUGGAGUGUCGCUUCUGUUCAUGUUGUGUAUGUGGGGGCAAGCAGGAUGCUCACAUGCAGUUGCUGUGUGAUGAGUGCAAUAUGGCCUUCCAUAUCUACUGCCUCAACCCCCCACUCUCCAGCAUCCCUGAAGACGAAGACUGGUACUGCCCCACAUGCAAGAAUGACACAAAUGAGGUUGUGAAAGCUGGGGAGAAGCUCAAGGCUAGCAAGAAGAAAGCGAAGAUGCCCUCUGCCAACACUGGGAGCCAGAGAGACUGGGGAAAGGGUAUGGCAUGUGUUGGACGUACUAAAGAAUGUACAAUAGUACCGUCUAACCACUAUGGUCCCAUUCCCGGUAUUCCUGUGGGAACAACAUGGAAAUUCCGUGUGCAGGUGAGUGAGGCUGGUGUGCACAGGCCACAUGUCGGUGGUAUCCAUGGACGGAGUAAUGAUGGUUCCUAUUCACUGGUUCUUGCUGGAGGCUUUGAGGACGAAGUGGACAGGGGUGAUGAGUUUACUUACACGGGUAGUGGGGGUCGGGACCUUUCUGGAAACAAGCGAAUUGGCGAGCAUUGUUUUGACCAAACACUCACACACAUGAACAGGGCCCUUGCACUGAACUGUGAUGCUCCAUUAAAUGAUAAAGAUGGUGCGGAGUCUCGUAACUGGCGUGCAGGAAAGCCAGUCCGAGUAGUGCGUAGCUCCAAAGGCCGACGAAUCAGCAAGUAUGCCCCUGAAGAAGGAAAUCGUUUCGAUGGGAUCUACAAGGUGGUGAAAUACUGGCCAGAGAUUGGGAAGUGUGGGUUUUUGGUGUGGCGAUAUCUGUUACGGCGCGAUGACCAGGAGCCAGCACCGUGGACUCCUGAAGGUGCAGAACGUAUCAAGAAGCUGGGCCUCAAAGUGCAGUAUCCCCCAGGCUAUUUGGAAGCCAUGGCUAACAAGACUAAGAAGGAGGCUAGUGUGAGAGGGGGCAUGCGAGGCAAAAGACACCCUGGGAGAGGCCGACCAAAAAAUACACCCCCUCCAAAAAAGCCAAAAGAAGAAAAGGAGGACGAAGACAUGGAAAUACCAGCUGUGAUUUCAGCUAGUGGGUAUCAAAGCAAUGGCGGUCAGAAAACACCUAAGGGCAAAGAGAUGUGUCCAAAGAGUGCUACUCAGCCUCAGAAGGAGAAAGAGGCAGAAGCCUUCCAGCUGACUGAAGAGCAGCAGAACCUGAUCCAAGACGACCUGCCCAAUAAGAAGUUAUGGGAUGAAGCAAUGGAGUUCCUCCUCGAAGGGCCAAACUUUCUGAAAAAGGUGGAGCAGAUCUUCAUGUGUGUGUGCUGCCAGGAGCUUGCCUACCAACCCAUCACUACUACAUGUCUGCACAAUGUUUGUAAGAGCUGUCUUCAAAGGUCAUUCCGUGCUGAGGUGUAUAGCUGCCCUGCUUGUCGCCAUGACCUGGGAAAGGAUUAUGUUAUGAUUCUUAACAAGAUACUACAGCAGCUUCUUGAUCAGUUCUUCCCUGGAUACAGCAAGGGCCGAUGAGCCUGUCCCUUCAUAGACGUAGACAAAUCGUAGAGCAGAACAUUGUCUCUCUCCCUUGCUCUCAUUCACACACAGACAGGCACACAUGUAUAUUUACACAUACUUGCCCUGGAUCGCAAACCAGCUAGACACUGUCUCCUCAGCCAUGACACAAGGAUUUUUCUAACUCUAUCAGACUCUUCUUGCCUUCCCUACCUCUUCAUGUCUUUGAAUACCAGUCUGAAGAUCACAAUACUCAAGCAACCCAGGUUAAUACAAGUGUUCAUUUUGGACAGAUAAACAUUUCCGUAUGGUUUAUCAAUAAAAUAGCAUCAUCCAAAUGUUUUUUUUGUUAUUUUUCAAAUUUGGUAUGAUGUAUUGCAAGAAUGGGAUCAGAAAUUGACAUGCCAGGAUGGUUAACAUUGGGAAUAUUAUUAUAUCCCAUAUUGGGCUUGUUUUUAAGGGAGUCACCAGUAUCUUUUCAGCCUAACCUGUUCAGUGACAAUUGUCAGUGCUGAGUUUCAGCUGUAAUAAUAUCUGAAUGUGGGUAACUUACUUGGUUUCAGUUAUGUUGAUCAUUUGCAACCUUUGGAAAUAUGUUUUAAAAUGUAAUUUCAAUGAAACACCAACUUAAUCUCCCAAAAUAACUGCUUACUGGUGCUCAGUAUUUAGAAGAGAGUAUAAAAUAUCAUGGAUAUCCAUUUUUUUUCUACCCAGAGUGAUCAGGGCAAAGGUUACCUUGUGCUAUCUUAAAACUGAGGACUAUUUAGUUUUCACAUCAAUAUCAGCCAUCUAAACUAAGGUCCAAAGUGCUUAACUUGCAAAUUGAGUCUGUGUCUCCUUAAAUGUUCUCUACCCUUGUUUGUUUCUUUUUGUGGUGAUAUUUUCUUUAUUACAGUAUCAGACUUUAAUUGAAAUGCAAAUGCACAUGUUUGAAUAAGCAUAUUGUCUCUCAAGUAAAUUGUGAUGUGCAGCCUACCUUCUCUUGUGGCAUUUGCUCCUCCCUGCUCCAAACUGACUGCGAGCUUCCUCCUCUCCAUUGCGUUUCCCCUGUCUUUACAGUGACAGCAGUACUAACCUUUUAGAUGUCAUGUGGUUGCAUUGCCUCUGCUAUUGGCAUUAUUGUUAUUUGUUAUAUGUUUGUUUUAAUUGCACUUACUCAAGAAAAGAGAUUUUCAAAAGAAGAGACUAGUUUAUGCUGAGUGAUGUCAUUUUUAUUAUUUAGAUUCCUAUCCUAUUUUGAUCAUUAGCUAUUUUAUGUGGUUGCUUUUACCUGCUGCCAGGUCAGGUUGAACAGUUACAUUGCUUCAUAUUGUGAUUGAAAAUUUUAUACAUGGUAUAAUACUUUAUGUACCUAUUAAAUAUUUUGAUUCCUGAAAAACAAUCCAUCUCCACAUAUGUGACUGAUACAUUAUUGUUCUAGUUGACAUUUGGAUGUAUUAAAGUGCAGUUUUUCCAAUUAA